GGUGCGCGAAAGAGAUAGUUGAGAUUUUCAUUUUAUUUUGAAGUAGCUUCGUAGUCACUUUAACAACAGUGAUCAAUUUGGCACUAUGAGGAGUGGACACGGCUUUACUAUCUCGAAAAAAAUCUCUCUUCUGUCUACUAUAAUUACAACUGGACUCUCUGACAUGUUGUCAUACGAAUAACCACGCUAUAAAACAAAUCUCUAUCCGUGGCAUCUUUGCGAACCCGCAGCGUCGAAUCAAUUUAAAUGUUACGGGCUCAGCUGGCCCUGGCGUGUCCCUCUAAACCUGGGCUGUGUCUGGGGUUAUGGUGAAGCCAUGUGUCCCAGUGGGUGGACUAGAUGUCACAAAGGAGAUGAAAAGGAGCCAGGGAGAGGACUGGGGAGAGGGUUGGGGAAAUUGAGAGGGAAGGAGAGAGGACUGGAGCACUGGAUGGGGACUGGGACCCAGAAGGACCUGGGUGUCGGGACGAGCCUGGCUGGAGGCCUGGCAGGCUGGCUCGUCGCCCUGCUCCUCCUCCCCUUCCUCCCUCUAGUGGCCUCCCAGUGCCCGGACAGCUGCCACUGUGUGUGGGAGAGCAGCCUGGUGCAGUGUGCAGACGCUGGGCUCCGGGAGUUCCCCCAGGGCAUCCCUCCGGACACAGUCACCCUCCACCUGGAGAGAAACUACAUCCACUCGCUCCCCGAGGGCGCCUUCAGGGAACUCACCCAGCUGCGAGACCUCUACCUCUCCCACAACCGCAUCGACUCGCUGUCCUCCGGCGCCCUGCGGCACUUGACCCCGGAGCUCCGCCUCCUCGACCUCAGCCACAAUCAGCUACGCAUGGUGAGCCGGCACGACUUCGGCUACACGCGGGCAGUGACUCGCCUCUACCACAACCCAUGGCACUGCGACUGUGCCCUCCAGGAGCUGAUGAGGACGUUGCAUCUCGAGCCGGAGACGAUCAACGGGAUCUUGUGCGAGAGCUCGACGAGGGGCCCCGGGGAGGGGAGUCGCUGGGAGGACCCGGGAGGGACCUCGGAGCACUCUGGUCAACCCUUGGUUAAGCUGCUCGACUCCGGGGUGAACUUCUGUAGCCUCCACAGGAAAACCACGGACGUGGCCAUGCUAGUGACCAUGUUUGUCUGGUUCUUCAUGGUGAUUGUCUAUGUGGUCUAUUACGUUCGGCAGAACCAGGCUGAGACCAGAAGACAUUUGGAGUACCUGAAGAGUUUGCCCAGUCCGAAGAAAACACAGACAGAACCAGACACCUUAAGCACUGGUUUUUGAUUGGUUUGUUUAUUGCCUUUCUUUUGUUUUUACCCGCUUUUUCUUCCUUUGCCAUUUUUGCCAUAUCCACUUGUAUCUACCGCUGGGUCUCAAAUGGAUUCAGAAAAGGUGAAGAUUGUGGCAUCUGCGCUUUGUUCCGCACUGCUCCUCCCAACCCAGAACUUAUCUGGUUGAGUAGUGUGAGGUCAAAGACAAUUAGCUUUGCAAACUGGAGCGCAAUGAGACCAGACACCUCCACUCGCCAGGAUGAUGACGUGCGUUGCCCACAGGGUCAGCAACUCGCCAGCAAGCAGCGCUAUCAAGCUUCAAAACUUGACCGCGGUGACCAGCUUGGUGCUAAGGAAGUUGGAGCCUUGCUGGAGCUAUGUACGAAUAUUGCAGUUUUUUUUUUUUUAUGGUAAGUUACAAAACAUGUCUCCUCAUAUAAAACAUCUCCUCAUAUCUCCUCAUACAAAACAUGUCUCCUCAACGGCCCACAAUAAGGACUUGAACCAAAGGACUCCCAGAAGUAAUUCCGCUGAAACCAAUAAACAUUUCUAUUUAAUUUAACUUUUUUAGGCUAAUUGAUUCUGCUCCUCUGUAAUAUCUCUGGCUUGAAAUGUUUACAAUAUUUUCUUUUUGC